CCCAUCACCAUACUCGACUCUUCGUCCAUCUCGCGACAGAGUCUGCCCGGUGUCGGCAUUCCCUCGUUGAUAGCACUAGAAAUAAAUCCACGUUGGAGAGCGCGCGGAGGAGCCUGCUGCCCCGGAUUUCUGUCCACUUCAGCCGCCUUCUCACUCCGAUUUCUCAGUCUCCAGACCCUCCUUCACGUCAGGACCUUCCCCGUCCUGCCAUUCCGAGGAGCGCCUCUCAUUAAAGAACUACUUCCCUUCCCCUCCCCUCUCCAUCUCUACAAUCGUGAUAUCAAGUGAGACGACGAUGGCGACGCGGUAUGCCCCAGAUGGCCGUGUCCUCUCGCCGGGCGAGGUCUAUGAGGAAGUCGCGCAGCCCACACAGCCGCAGGAGUGGACUGAGGACCUGAAUGUCACCCUCAUGUGCCCUGACUGCCAGGAGAACCCCCCCAAUCUCGUUGAGGAGUUCUCGUCUGGAGACACCGUCUGCGGGUCGUGCGGACGAGUGCUCGCGGACCGUAUCAUCGAUACGCGGUCGGAGUGGCGAACCUUCUCCAACGACGACCAAGGCAACGAUGAUCCUUCCCGUGUUGGAGACGCUGCAAAUCCGCUUCUGAAUGGCUCGCAACUGCACACCGAGAUCGGCUUCGGCGACGGUGGCCUGCGAGUGCGAGAGCUGUCUCGCGCACAGAAUAAGUCCAACCAUGACAAAACCAACAAGUCGCUGCAGUCGGCGUACGGCCAGAUCAGCACCCUCUGCGAGUCCUCAAACAUCCCAAAGGUCGUCGCUGAGACCACCAAGCUGCUGUUCAAGCUCACCGACGAUGCCAAGAUUUUCAAGGGCAAGUCGCAGGAUGCCAUCAUUGCCGGUUGCAUUUUCAUCGCCUGCCGUCAACAUGAGGUCCCCCGCUCUUUCCGCGAAAUCUUCAAGUUGACCAAUGUCUCAAAGAAGGAGAUCGGCCGUACCUUCAAAGCCUUGGAGGCACAUCUCCAGAAGGCACUUUCCAAGGACGCUGGCCCCAAGGUAGCUGGCAGUGGGGCGGUCCUCAACAACAGCUCGUUCAAACAGACCAAGUCCACCGAAGCCUCAGAGCUCAUUGGGCGUGCCUGUAACAAGCUGAAUCUGUCAAUGAAUAUCAGCAUCAUUGCGCAAGAAGCGGCUUCAAAGGUCACCUUCCUUGGUGUUGCUGCUGGACGUUCGCCCCUCUCCAUCACCGGUGCCUGCAUCUACCUCAUUGCCCAUCUAAUGGGCCACCCGCGUCUUCCAAAGGAUAUCGGCUUGGCUGUCGAUGUUAGCGAUGGAACUAUCCGCACGGCAUACAAGCUCAUCUACAACGAUCGCGACAAGAUCAUCGAAGAGGAUUGGAUUCGCAAAGGUGGUGACCGCUCCAGGGUCCCCGUUGCGUAAGGAGUUCAAGACUGCUCAUGACUUCCUAAGGACAUCGACGAUUACCAAAUAUGCUAACAACGAUUGGAACCGGGGUUGCCAUCGAGGGGGACAUGGAAAGAAUUUCUUCACAAACACAUCUAAUGCAUGAGAGGCGUUCCUUGGAUUUCAGUCUUCAUCAAUUUAGCAGAGUGUGUUUUCAGCGAGUGUUAGUUUUUCGAUGCUGGGUCAGACUGUUCUUCCCAAUACCCCAUAGACGGCUGGAAUAUGCUCACUCAAGGUCUUCAUUCGACCUCUCUCAUUCAUCUCAUAGCUCAUUCAUCUCAUCUCAUAGCUUUUUCCCAAAAAGCUCCAAGAUUCAAUCGUGAACACAGGCUGCACGGUUGGUCAUUUCAAUGGUUUCUGAGCGCUCAGUUCGCUCGUCGUAGCUAGAGGAGGCCUUUGUGGAGAGCCACAUCACGAGCAGUGGCAAGUAAAAUAAUAAAAAAGCACCACGUUGCAAAAC